UUAAAUCCGCUAAAAUUAAGAGAAGAAAUUUUGUAAAAUAACAAGUUAACCAUACUUUUUUAUUCCAGACUUCCCUUUGUCCAGACCAGAUUUCCAGACUAUGUAUAUGUGUUUUGUGCUCCAGACAUUCCAGACUGUGAUUGUAUCUUGAUUGUAUCGUCGUGGUAUCGUCUCGAAGUAAAACAAGACAUCUUUUCUUGCAACCCUUGUUGCAACUAAACAGGUAAAUAAUGGAUACUCUUCAUGAUGAGAAACAUCGUAUUAUUCUGAACGAACAUAAAAUUGUAAAUAAUAAUUCAACAAGCCCCACAGUACUCGACGAUAAAUUCGAUAUCAAAAAGUUUAGAAAGAUAUUUAGAGUUGUUAUAGUUCGUCAUGAAAACUACGAAAUGGAAUUUGAUUUGAUUGGACUUCAUCCAUUUCUAGCAAAUACUUUUCGAAGAUUGAUCCUUAGCGAUGUUCCUAGCAUGGCAAUUGAGAAAGUUCAUAUUUUAAAUAACACAUCUAUAAUUCAAGAUGAAAUUUUAGCACAUCGUUUAGGACUUAUACCCCUCAAGGCUGAUCCAAGAUUAUUUGAAUAUAAAUCAAAUUGGUCAGCAGCUGCAAAUGAGAAGGAUACUUUAGAAUUUGAAUUGAAAAUUAAGUGUUCUAAUAAUAAAGACUCUAGCAAGAAGGAAUCUUCUAGAGCAGAAGAUAUUUAUAAAAAUACCAAUGUAUAUUCCAAACAUAUAAAGUGGAUACCCACAGGGAAUCAAAAAAGUAAAUUCAAAGAAAGUGAUGUUGGUCCUAUUCAUCCAGAUAUUUUGAUAGCUAAGAUGAGACCUGGACAUGAACUAGAUCUCAAGCUUGUUGCUGUUAAAAGCAAUGGAAGGGACCAUGCAAAAUUUUCACCAGUAGCAACAGCUUUCUAUCGCCUAUUACCAGAUAUUAAAAUUGUAAAACCAGUAGAAGAUGAAGCAGCAUAUAGAUUACAGAAGUGUUUCUCACCAAGUGUUAUUACUAUAAGGACACAAAAUAACAAGAAAAUUGCAGUUGUAAAGGAUUCAAGAUAUGAUACAAGCAGUAGAAAUGUUUUUAAAUAUGAUGACUUGAAAGACUCGGUAGUUAUGUCUAAAAUUCAGGAUCACUUUAUAUUUACAAUUGAAUCUGUUGGAGCUAUGCAACCUGAAGUUAUAUUCAAAGAAGCUGUCACUAUUCUCAAAGAUAAAUGUUUGUCUCUUUUGGCAGAGCUUAAUUCCUAAAUAAAUUUUAUCUUUAAA